AUGUCCAACAUUAUGCACAAGGUCAAAGACGCCAUGACUGAGAAUCACGAUAGGGACCGAGCCCCCAACACCGAAGGUCCAGAAACUCACCACACGUACAGAUCCUCAAACCCCUACGCCAAGGACCCUGCGAGCCAGAACAAUCCAUCCACGAUGAAUCCCGAAUCGGGAUCCGGAAAUACUUUCGGACUUCGCGGCCAAGGCGCAGCUAAAGAGCCUGAUACAUACGACUCGACCACAGGUGGUAGAACUACUCACGGACUGGGCAGUCAAGGCGCAGCAAAAGGACCUGAUACAUACGACCCGACCCCAGGGGGUAGAACUACUCACGGACUUCGCAGCCAAGGCGCAGCUAGAGACCCUGAUACAUACGACUCUACCCCCGGUGGUAGAACUACUCACGAACUGGGCAAUCAAGGCGCAGCCAAAGGACCUGACACAUACGGCUCCACCACCACUGGGGGUAACACAGUCAAUGCUGGACCUCACGACUCCAAGGUGGCCAACAAACUGGACCCCCGCGUGGAUAGUGAUCUUGAUCAUCGAGCUCAAAAUGCAGGAACUAUGGGAUCGCAAAAUGUUGGCGCUGCCCCUCAAGGCAUGAACACCGGUAACACGGCUGCCGGUGGACAGCCUCGCGCCUUUGGUUCCGACCAUCAUAGGACCGACGAGGACAAUCACAACAAGGCCAAUCAAGAGCACAAGCUUCGCACUGAACCCGGCCCCCCCGGUACAGGCAAUCAGGUCACCAGCGAGGAAUCCUACAAUAGCUCCUCGCAGGAACACAAGUCACACUCCACUACUACCCACACUGCACCCUGCGACCAGUUCGGUGGCGGUGCUGCUGGAGGUAGUAGCUAUACCCAACCACCUGUCGGAGAGACGGCUGGGAUGCAGAACACUAGUUUCGCGGGCAAGGUUGAUCCUCAAGCACAGGGAAUGGGCUAUCAACAGGGUGAUCUGGCGAACCAGCGAAGCGGAUAUUAA